UUUAACCUUCCUUUUAAAUCACCCCCUUCCGCCGGACCACUCUUCUCUUUCAUCUGCUAUCGUUCUCGAAUUCCGAUUAAUUCCGGUCGCCGUCGUCAACGUUGUCAUCGUCUCCGGCUUGUUUCGAAAAUUGAAGUAAUCAACUACGGCUGGGGAAAGGGGGAGGGGAGAUUAGAGGUAAUGGCGGAGAUUUGUUGUAAAGUGAUGAGUGAGAGUGAGGCGUCGUCGUCCUGUGAGCCGAGUUCGCGAGUGGCUAGACGUCGGAGAAUGGAGAUCAGGAGGUGUAAAUUUGUCGCUGGGGUUGCUCCGUCGGAGACGGAGACUGUUGCGAAACGGCAGAAGCUGGAGGAUCGAGCUACGUCGAUUUCCAGAGACUGUGAUAACGCUGUUCAGAAUUGUGAUUCCGGAGAAGAAGAAACCGUCGGGAGAUUUGUGGCCGGCGGAGAGGUUUCGACUAAGGAGGUAUCGACUCCUCUAUCUCGGGAAUCUCCUUGUGGCGAAGUGAUUCCGAAGUUUGGAUUCUCUUCUGUUUGUGGAAGGCGGAGAGAUAUGGAGGAUGCGGUGGCGGUUCAUCCAUCGCUUUGUUUGACGGAGAAGAAAGCCAACGAUAUGUUGCACUUCUUUGGUGUUUACGAUGGCCAUGGCUGCUCUCAUGUGGCGAUGAGGUGUAAGGAGCGGCUGCAUGAACUGGUAAAAGAUGAGUUGGAUAGGGAGGAGAAAGAUGACGCCGCCAUUGUGGCGGAGGCGGAGGCGUCGCGGUGGGACCGCGCUAUGAAGAGAAUCUUCUGGCGAAUGGACAACGAAGUUGUGGCGCGAAACAAUGAAGAAGUUGUUGCGAACUGUAGAUGCGAACUUCAGUCGCCGGAUUGCGAUGCCGUCGGAUCUACCGCCGUCGUAGCAAUUGUGACGCCGGAUAAGAUCAUCGUCGCCAACUGCGGCGACUCCAGAGCCGUUCUCUGCCGUAACGGAAAAGCCAUCCCUCUCUCCUCCGAUCACAAGCCGGAUCGUCCCGACGAACUUAGCCGGAUCGAGGAAGCCGGUGGACGAGUGAUUUACUGGGACGGACCAAGAGUUCUCGGAGUUCUCGCCAUGUCAAGAGCCAUAGGCGAUAAUUAUCUGAAACCGUAUGUGAUAUCGGAGCCAGAGGUUACGAUAACGAAUCGGACGGCAGAGGAUGAGUGCUUGAUUCUAGCGAGCGACGGACUGUGGGAUGUGGUGCCGAACGAGACGGCUUGUGGAGUGGCGAGCAUGUGCCUACGUGGGAAGGCGGAGGAGAGAUCGCCGGUGUGGCCGUCGGGUGAGGCGGAGACGGCGGCGGAAGGGGAGGAGAGAGGAAGCGCAGACAAGGCCUGCAACGAUGCGUCGAUGCUGCUGACCAAGCUGGCGUUGGCCCGGCACAGUACGGACAACGUGAGCGUCGUGGUGGUGGACCUUAAGGGGGACACGUGUCCUUAGAAUCUGUCUCCUUUUUUUUCCUCCUUUUCCUAAUUUAGUACAAAGAAUUUAAUUUGAAAUUUUAGAAUUAAAGAGUUUUCUUUCUAGAAAUUAGGAAGGGAAAAUGGAGGUUUUUUCCUAAAAAAAAUUUACUUUUUAGCGAGGUGAAGAAUGAAGAUAAUUUCUCCUCUCGAGGAUCUUCUUCUUUUUGGAGAGGGAAAAAAAAAAAAAAAAAAAAAAAAAAAAAAGAAACAAAGAAAAGAAAAGUGUAAUUAACAAGUAUCAAUAUCGAUGUCAAUGCAUUUCCAUGGAUUUGUCAAAUUUUCUUUCUGUUCUCAAUCAAAUUUUCUUUGAAAUUAUAUUAAUAUUAUCCUCAUAUAAGUA